AUGCCUCAUCUCAAGGUUUUAAUCUGUGGAGGAGGAUGCGCGGGGCCGGCUUUAGCCUUAUGGCUCGCACAUCUGGGCCACCGCGUCACGAUCGUCGAGCGGUACCCAGCGCUGAGAGCAGAUGGAGCGCAGAUCGACUUUCGUGAGCAAGGGAUUGAAGUUGUCAAGCGCAUGGGUCUUCUCGAAACCAUCAAGGCUCACCGGGUUGACGAAGCGGGCAUGGCCGUGGUCGACUCCAAUGGCAAAGUCAUCGCCACAAUGCUGGCCAAUACUUCUGGCAAGGGCGCCCAAACCGGAACUUCAGAAUAUGAGAUCAUGCGAGGGGAUCUUGUCCGGAUUCUCUACGAUGCCACCAAAGACAACGUCGAGUACCUCUUCGACAAGACCGUGGAGAGAUUCGAGCAAGACGAAGAAACAGUUCUCGCUCAUUUCUCGGACGGCACAUCGGACAUAUUCGAUAUACUAGUUGGAGCAGACGGCCAAGGUUCAAGAAUCCGCAAGGCAAUUCAGCCCAAAGAUGCUCCAGAUCCCUACCGACACUUAGGCCUGCACGCUUCGUACUGGUUUAUCCCACGAAUGAGCACCGACAACAACAUCGGCAGAGUGUAUCACCCCGCCGAAGGCCGGAUGGUGUUCCGAAGAACCCACAACCAGAAAGAGACCCAAGUAUACUUCUUCAUGAAAGACGAAUCCAAAGAGGCAUCUUUGAUACACAGAGGAUCGGUCGAGCAGCAAAAGGUGUUCUGGGCGCACCGCUUCCGCAACGCAGGAUGGCAAACAGAUCGGUUCAUCGAGGGCAUGAAAGAAACGGAGAACUUCUACAGCCAGGAGGUCGUACAAGUCCAGACCAAGACAUGGUACAAGGGCCGUGUUGUUCUCUUAGGAGACGCCGCUCACUGCCCAUCUCCCUUCAGCGCCAUGGGAACUACCAGUAGCUUCGUUGGCGCAUACGUCUUGGCUGGAGAAAUCAGCCGGCAUUCCGACGACCUGUCUCAGGCUUUCGCCAACUACGACAAAACUCUGCGGCCGUUCAUCGAUGAGUGCCACAAGAUUGGGCUUCCAAUGAUCAAGCUCAUAAUGCCAGACACGCAUUGGGGCGUUGUUAUCUUGCACUGGAUCGUUUGGUUGCUUUUCUUCCUUCGCUUGCCUCAGCUUGCGACGAGGUUCUCCAGCGAGGAAAAGGGCGGAUGGCCGUUGCCAAACUAUCCAGAGCUAGUACUAAGACAAUAA